GCUUCCCCUCCGGCUCCUGCCGCCGCCGCCGCCUCGGUGGGUUCCCGACGCCGCCGCCAUUGCAGAGGCGCCGAGUGGCGGCCGCGCCCCGCUCAGCCCGUCCGUCCUCCGAGGCGGCAGGCGCCGCCCCAGCUCGUGCUUUCACUAGCUAUUGGGAACCAUGUCUGUCAACGGAGAAGUGGAAGACAAGCCACCAGCUCCUCCUGUCCGGAUGAGCAGUGCUAUCGUCACUGCAGGGGGUAAAGACCAGUUGUCUGCCAACCACAGUUUGAAACCGCUGCCCUCUGUACCAGAAGAGAGAAAACCUAGGAAUAAAAUCAUCUCCAUAUUCUUUAUCACUGAAAAAGGAAGCAAGAAGAAGGAAAAGGAAAGGCCAGAAAUCUCCCCACCAUCAGAUUUUGAGCACACCAUCCAUGUUGGUUUUGAUGCUGUUACUGGAGAGUUCACUGGAAUGCCAGAGCAAUGGGCUCGGUUGCUUCAGACCUCAAAUAUCACAAAGCUAGAACAGAAGAAAAACCCCCAAGCGGUACUAGAUGUGCUGAAAUUCUAUGACUCCAAAGACACAGCAAAACAGAAGUACCUGAGUUUUUCUGCUCCAGAAAAAGAUGGUUUCCCUUCAGGAUCACCAACGACCAAUGCCAAAGGAGAACCAUCAGCAGCUGUGGCAGAUGAUGAUGAAGAUGAUGAAGAAGCUCCUCCUCCUGUUAUUGCUCCACGGCCAGAUCACACAAAAUCGAUUUAUACACGGUCCGUAAUUGACCCCAUCCCUGCGCCAGCCGGUGACACUUCUGUUGACAGUGCGGCAAAAUCAGGUGAUAAGCAGAAAAAGAAGACCAAAAUGUCAGAUGAAGACAUCAUGGAAAAACUACGCACUAUUGUGAGCAUAGGAGAUCCCAAGAAAAAAUACAACAGAUACGAGAAAAUCGGGCAGGGGGCUUCAGGUACAGUUUUCACAGCUAUUGAUGUGGCGACUGGGCAGGAGGUUGCUAUUAAACAGAUAAACCUGCAGAAACAGCCUAAGAAGGAGUUGAUUAUUAAUGAGAUCUUGGUAAUGAAAGAGCUGAAGAACCCCAACAUUGUCAAUUUCCUGGACAGUUACCUCGUAGGAGAUGAAUUGUUUGUGGUGAUGGAGUAUCUGGCUGGAGGCUCGCUAACAGAUGUGGUCACAGAAACUUGUAUGGAUGAAGCACAGAUAGCUGCUGUUUGCAGAGAAUGCUUGCAAGCACUUGAGUUCCUACAUGCCAACCAGGUCAUCCACAGAGACAUUAAGAGUGACAACGUGCUGUUAGGAAUGGAUGGAUCUGUUAAACUAACCGACUUCGGUUUCUGUGCUCAGAUCACCCCAGAGCAGAGCAAGCGGAGCACUAUGGUUGGAACUCCUUACUGGAUGGCUCCUGAAGUGGUCACACGGAAAGCAUAUGGCCCUAAAGUGGACAUCUGGUCUCUGGGCAUCAUGGCUAUUGAGAUGGUAGAAGGAGAACCCCCGUACCUCAACGAAAACCCCCUGAGGGCUUUAUAUUUGAUAGCAACAAAUGGCACGCCAGAGCUGCAGAAUCCUGAGAAACUGUCACCAAUAUUCCGGGAUUUCUUGAACCGAUGUUUGGAGAUGGAUGUCGAGAGAAGAGGAUCAGCCAAAGAAUUGCUACAGCAUCCCUUCUUGAAACUGGCCAAACCUCUGUCUAGCUUGACGCCAUUGAUCCUGGCAGCCAAAGAAGCAAUGAAGAGUAGCCGCUAACAUUACUGCCACAGCCUUCAUCCUUUUUUCGUUUGUAUUUUACAAAUCUUUAUAAUAUAUGAAAUUUUUACACUUCUGGGGGAGGGAAGGGAUUGGAGGGGUGGGACACGGGACAACACACGUCUGUGAAAGGGAAGAAACUCUCGUCCAGAGGAUGCCCAAAAUAAAUUAUGGUGACUCCAGCGAUCCCUGUCUGGGGUCCAGAAGGAAUUGAGGACUGAAUUACUGGCCUUUUUUUUUUCCUUUUAUUAUUUCCCUCCAGAAACCUUAGAAAUGCCACUUAAUGUGCCCAAGGUUUUAAGGGUUGUUAACAACUUUGCUGUAACAGCUCCCAUUCAUUGUACCCCCUUGUCUGGGUACUUUCAAUACUUGAAUGACAGAUUCAAGCUUUCAGAGAGCAGUAGUAAUUUUACCUGCUGAUCUCUUUCACACUUCUCUUCCUCCCCUCUACCUGUUUAUUUUUAAAUCACUCUAGUAAAGCUCCCAUAUGACAAGAUGCACAGUGAGUGUGACAAAUGUGAAUGUGCGUCUUGCCUGUCAUUUCAUUUAUGGAUUAGUUGUCAGAGUACUGUAGGAUUGGCAGUUCAGCUACUUAAAACAUGGUAAUGUAUUGAAACAUUUUUCACUUCUAAGAUAAAUAUGGAGAGAGGAGGAAGACAAGUAUUCAUCUGUUUCUUAUGUGCCUGUGCUCUGUGGACUUUUAAUCAAAGAUGUGGCCUCUUUGUAGAAACUUAAUGAUUGGUCAAGUCUUUGGAUGUCGGUUUAUGGAUAUGUAGUUAGGGGUCAGAUACUUUAUUUAUGAUCAAAUGAUCAGCUAUAGUCAGGGCAAGAAAAAAAAUUCCAGCUGUCUUCCUGUCUGCUCUUUUUUUACCCCAUUAGAAUUGUUGGCCAGAAGCUUAAGGGAUAAUGUGCUUAGUGCGGUGGAUGGUUCAAAAACGUAUUGUAUCUGUGCUCUGACUUGGGCUUUGGAAGUUAUGCUGGUGCCUUUGACUUUUUUAUUUUACAUUUCUUUUCUUUGUAUCAAAUACAUUUAUGUAUAUGUUGUAUUUCUCCCCCCAAGCAAAUAAUCCAUCAACCUAUGGAGUUGUCAGAGUUUAAGUAUUAGAGCUAUUUUCCCCA